AUGGCAGCAGUCAGCGGUAAUGUUGGUAGUGUCGGUGGAUACGGCAGCGGUAAUGUUGGAGGUUUCGGCAGCAGUAAUUUUGGCGGUAUUGGCAGCGGUAAUGUUGGUAGUGUCGGUGGAUACGGCAGCGGUAGUACUAGUGUUGGCGGCUACGGCGGCGGCAAUCUUGGUAGUGUCGGUGGAUACGGCAGCGGUAAUGUUGGCGGUUUCGGCAGCGGUAAUUUUGGCGGUAUUGCCAGCGGUAAUGUUGGUAAUGUUGGCGCUUACGGCAGCGGUAAUACUGGCAUCUACGGCAUCGGUAAUGUUGGUAGUGUCAGUGGAUAUGGCAGCGGUAAUGUUGGCGGUUUCGGCAGCGGUAAUUUUGGUGGUGUCGGUGGAUACGGCAGCGGCAAUAGUGGCGCUUCCGGCAGCGGUAAUGUUGGCAGCUAUGGCAGCGGUAAUGUUGGUGGCUACGGCAGCGGUAAUGUUGGCAAUUCCGGCAGCGGUAAUGCUGGCAGCUACGGCAGCGGUAAUGUUGGCAAUUCCGGCAGCGGUAAUGCUGGCAGCUACGGCAGCGCUACGGUCGGCAGCGGUAAUGCUGGCAGCUACGGUAGCGGUAAUGUUGGCAAUUCCGGCAGCGGUAAUGCUGGCAGCUACGGUAGCGGUAAUGUCGGCGGUUACGGCAGCGGUAAUGUUGGCGAUUCCGGCAGCGGAAAUGUUGGUGGCUACGGCAGCGGUAAUGUUGGCAAUUCCGGCAGCGGUAAUGCUGGCAGCUACGGUAGCGGUAAUGUCGGCGGUUACGGCAGUGGUAAUGUUGCGGAGUACGGACGUGGUAACGUUGGAAUCAACAACUACAGGACGCCGUUGCCGAACGUUAUUGGUGGAAGUCAAGGCUCUAUCGGUCGAGGCGCGUAUCCAGCUAAUGCAUUUGUUGGUAUCAACUAUAUUCCCCAACACAAUGCAAACAAACUCCGUACAGACAAUCACGUUAGAAGAGUGCAAGAUAGUAAACAUAGAAAACAGGCGAAGAACCUUUAUAUUGACAAUGGCCAGUAUAAUGGUAACAGCCUCGGCCGGACUUAUGACACGAACUACAAAAACACUGGUGACAAUACCAAGUACCAGAGGCAGUACGAUUCGGACUUCCUUGGAAAACAUAAGAAUAACAACUACGUUAAAGGAAAAGCGUGGGGGCACAGCCAGAUGACGUAUACGGACGGGAAAUACAAGCGUUACAUCAAUGCUCCUGUUGCUGCAUAUCCAUACUAGAUGAGGGCAUGCAACUAUUCACAACCUUUCGCGGUAAUCAGUGCAGUUCAUUACAUAACCAGGCAUUUAUAAAAAUCAUAAAACAAAAGUGCGUAUACGUGUACAGAAUUUAACCUCACACAUUUACCUGCUAGUUAUACCUUCAACAUUUUAUAUAACAGUAUAAUGGCUAAAACAUUGUUAUUAAAGUUAUUAUUGCUAUUGUUGCUUGCGGCGUGCGCGCUAUGCGCGCUAUUGCUUGCGGUAUACGCAUGCUAUCAUUGUGUAUUGCUGCGUGUUAUCCAAAUGAUAUAUAUUUAUUCAAUUUUGACUACCACACAGUAUAUACCGUGUGAUUCUGAGUGCGUCACCAUGGCCGUAGCCUGUGUGUGUGUGUGGGGGGGGGGGAACUGCUGCCCCCUAGAUUUUGGAGUAAAAUUAAAA